AUGGACGCCUACAAGGGUCGCAAGGCACCAAACGUCUCUCACUAUCUCGCCAAUCUCAACGCACUUCCAUCCGCCCAUGACGUCGCGACCCAACAACAGGAUGAUUUCGAGGAUGAGCUUGCUCAGUUCACCAAUACCGAAUUCCUCGAUUUUGACGCCGGUGACUUUCUCGAGCAACCCAUGCCUGAGUAUGAUCCAAGUCUAGAAGAGAAGGCGAGGAGGGAGAACGCCGCUGCGAACAAUAAAAUCGGUGCCAAGGGCAUGGAUUUCGUCACGGGCGACUUCCCCUUCGCCGGCAUAGAGCCCUUCAUCCCUACCUCUCCUCAAUCCGCCGUCACCGCUCCUAUCCAAUCCCAAUAUCCGAGCAACGGACUACAGCCCGCCAUAUACCCCACCUCCACAUCUCCCAUUUCCUUCGAACAAGCCUUCAACCCCGCCGCCUACCCGGCCCAAAGACACCAUCUCUCCCCCACCCCAACGGAAAGUCCAUCCGCCCACAACAACCCCUCCGAGCCCGAAACCCCCGCCGCCCGCCUCGCCGCCGAAGAAGACAAACGUCGCCGCAACACAGCCGCCUCGGCGCGCUUCCGCGUCAAGAAGAAGCAGCGCGAACAGGCGCUUGAGCAGACGGCCAAGGAUCUGGAGAAUAAGACGCUCCAGUUGGAGCAGCGCAUUGGACGCUUGGAGACAGAGAACGAGUGGUUGAGGGGCCUGGUGGUGGAGAAGAAUGGGGGCGCCAAGGAAGAUUUGAGGGUGAGGUGGGAGAAAUAUGGAGGUCCCGGGGAGAGGAAAGGUGAGGCGUCGAAGAAGGGCGUGGGGACUGAGGUGGUGGAGGAAGGCGCGACGGAUUAA